AUGGGCGAUCCCGACAGCGUCGAGCGCGGAAGCGUCGAGAAGCGACGCUUCCGCAUCACCUCGCUGUCUGGGAACGUGGUGGCUGAGUUGGAGAUCGAGGCUUCCAACUGGCCCUCAUGCCUCGACGCCAUCAAGAAGCAUCUCCACGCGGUGCUGGGCGCCAGCCCCUACUUGCAGCGCCUGCUCUUCGCGGGCACAGAGCUGCCGUCGACCGCUGCGAUGCCCAGCGCCCUAAACGCGGACUGGGUGGAUCUGCAGGUGGUGGUGGUGCCCUUCCGCCGAGACAAGGCCCGGGAGCUGGGCCAGGCCGCCGCGGAGGGGCGCGCCGCGGAGCUGGAGGCGCUCCUCGCGGAGGCUCAGGACCCCAACGCCUCCCUGACCAGAUUCGAAGACAUGACUCCCCUGCUGGCCGCUGCCAGCGAGGGCCAGGUGCAAACCGCCGAGAUCCUCCUCAGGGCGGCGGCGGAUGUGAACCGGAGCCGCAGAAGCGGGACGCCUCUGCAGGUGGCGGCGGAAAAUGGGCUCCUGCCAAUGGUGCAGUUUUUGCUUGAGCAUGGUGCGGAAGCGAAUCAGGUGGGCAGAGAGAGUGCCACGCCUCUGCUGGCGGCUUGCAGCCAGGGGCAUUUGUCGGUGGUUCGGGCUUUGCUGGAGCGUCGCGCCGAUGUGGACACGCCCGAACGCGGAGGCUGCUCACCUUUGCUCCUGGCGGCAGGCAAAGGCUUUCUGGAAGUCGUGCGCAGUCUCCUGGGCGCAAGGGCAAACACAGAGACGCGGCGGCUGGGAGUCACGCCGUUGCUGGCUGCUGCCUCGAAGGGCCACCUUCAAGUGGUGGAAUGCUUGAUGGCGGCGGGCGCCAACAAGGUCUGGGCCGACGAGUCUGGGUGCACGCUCUUGUUGUCGGCAGCACGAUCCCAGUCACUGGAAUUGGUCAGCUUUGUGAUCCGGGACCGUGCCGAUUUGGAUGCCGCAGACAAACAGGGCCAGACGCCCUUGAUCUUGUCUGCCUCGAUGAACAGCCGAGAAGUGGUGAGAUGCCUACUCGAUGCUGGGGCGGACAAGGAAAAGCUGGACGCCAAGAGAAGGUCACCUUUACACUUUGCGGCUGGGCACUCAGAAGUGGUGCAGCUAUUGCUGGAAGCCCGCGCGCACCCCAGCACACCUGGAUUGGAGUCUGUUGCCACACCCCUGCUGCGUGCAGCCCAGCAGUGCUGCAAAGACUCGGUGCGAUGCUUGCUGCAGGCAAGGGCAGACCCAGACAUAGCAGAUGAAGCCGGCAAUACCCCGUUGCUGCUGGCGUGCGAGCUAAGGCAGGUCCCCAUUGUGAAGUCUCUGUUGGAAGCUGGCGCGAAUUGGGCGAAGGCCAACCAUGCCGGACUGAGCCCUUUGUCACUGGCAGCUGCACGCAACCACACAGACCUGUGGCAAUGCCUACAAGAAGCUCAGGCUGAUAUCAACAGUCCUGAUGCCAUGGGUCGUUCACCGCUGCUUGUGGCUGCGGGAAGCGGCCGGCUUGAAGCCCUACGCUGGUUGAUCGCAGCUCGCGCGGAUAUGGACAGCUCCGACGUCAGCGGAACGACCCCAUUGUUACUUGCUGCCUCACAUGGCUACAUGCAGCUGGUUCGGGAACUGGUGAGGGCAGGCGCAAGGGCGAAAGCGGAUGCCUGCGGCAUGAUGCCUUUGCACAAGGCUUCGGCCAACAACCAUUUGGGAGUAGUGGAGUUCCUACUGCAGUCAGAGGCCAACCCAAACAUGAGUGCCUUUGGAGGGCGUACACCCUUGCUGUUUGCAGCACCAUCGGGGAAUACGGCAAUGCUGACCUGCCUAUUGCAGGCAAGAGCAGACCCAGACAUAGCGGAUGAAGCCGGGAAUACCCCGUUGCUGGUGGCUUGCGAGCAGAAACAGCUUACUUUUGUGAACUAUCUUGUGGAAGCUGGUGCCAAUUCGGCGAAGGCGAACAACGCUGGACAGAGCCCUUUGUCGCUGGCUGCUGCACACAACCACACGGAGGUGUUGCAAUGCCUGCAGUCAGCUGGCAACCAGUGCUGA